AUGGCUCCCGUCACUGCUGCUAAGAAGGGCAAGGCCUCCAAGACGACCAAGAAGUUCAUCAUCAACGCCUCGCAGCCCGCGAGCGACAAGAUCUUCGAUGUUUCGGCCUUCGAGAAGUUCCUGAACGAUAAGAUCAAGGUCGAUGGCCGCGUCGGCAACCUCGGCGAGAUCAUCAAGAUCUCCCAGCAGGGCGAGGGCAAGAUCGAGAUCAUUGCGCACAACGAGCUCUCCGGCCGCUACCUCAAGUACCUGACCAAGAAGUUCCUCAAAAAGAUGCAGCUCCGUGACUGGCUCCGCGUCGUGUCCACCUCCAAGGGCGUUUACGAGCUCAAGUUCUUCAACGUCGUCAACGACGAGGCUGAGGAGGAUGACGAGUAA